AUUGUCGCAUUGCUUAGUUUGAUUUUUACAAUAUUUCCACUGUUCCGUUGUAAUAGUUAUGUGUGAAAAUACUGAGCAUUCAGGAGAAUGUGUUAAAACAUUGGACGUAGAUAUAAAUUAUAAAGGAUGGGGCUACAGAUACCAGCAAUGCCUAAUAUUAUUCCUAUCUCUUACCGUAGCGUACAGCAUGCGAUCUUGUAUGGGAGUGUCUUUAGUAGCAAUGAUCCAACAUGACAUUGAGCAAGACAACGGAAAUCAUACAAACGUAGCAGUAAUUAGUAAUAAUAAUAAUAAUACAGAAGAAUAUCCUCAUUUGUAUGUUAACGAAGAUAAUUAUAAAGCAGGAGGUUUCUUUAAUGUACUAAUGCUUACACCGCCGUAUCCAAAGUUGAAAUGGAACAAAAGGAUUCAAGAUACGGUGCUCACGUCCUUUUUCUGGGGUUACAUGCUACUGCAAAUACCAGCCGGGCAGAUCGCUCACCGCUUUGGCUCCACGUAUUUACUCUGUAGUGCGCUCUCUAUUAACUGCGUUGUAUCACUGUGCUUUCCUCUGGCAGUGUUUUAUGGAGGUUGGAAAUUGGCAAUAGCUUGCAGAAUACUGCAGGGCUUGAGUCAAUCUUUCAUUGUUCCUUCGAUACAUACAACUUUAGGAAAAUGGGCGCCUCUGGUGGAACGUGGAAGAAUGACGGCCACGGUCUAUGGAGCUCAAGCUCUGGGAACGGUUCUUGGACUUCCAAUUACUGGUUUUAUCGCAGCAUCGAGUAUGGGUUGGCCUGGAAUAUUCCGUUUCUACGGAGUACUUUCUGGAAUAAUGGCGGGAAUUAUGUUAUGGUUUGGUGCGGACAGUCCAGCGAAACAUUCUAAGAUAUCGGAGGCUGAAAGAUUGUAUAUACAAGCCGACUUGGGACAAAAGGAGUAUAAUUCUAAUAAACGUUUACAUGUGCCAUGGAAACACAUACUGCGUUGCCGAGGAUUGUAUGCUGUCAUAAUUGUACAUAUUGGGCAAGUUUGGGGCCAACUAAUUUUAUAUUCUGAAGUGCCUAUGUUCAUGGAUAAAGUUAUGGGAAUUAAUAUAAAAGCUAAUGGCUUAUUGACAGCUCUCCCGUUCCUCGUGAUGUGGUUUACGAACUUCUUCUUCAGCUGGUUCAGUGAUAUGCUCAUUGUAAAGCAAUAUCUGAGUGUUACUAAUACUAGAAAACUUGCCAACUCUCUGGGUUGCGUUCCCGCUGCUUUAGGCUUAAUAGCAUUAGCUUACGUGCCGAAAAAUCUUUAUGCGGUCGAAACGAUUUUAGUUUUCAUUUGUGCAUUCAAAAUAUCAGCUCAUGUUGGUUUUCAAGUGAAUCCAAUUGAUAUAUCACCAAACUUUGGAGGCACCAUGAUGAGCAUUAGUAACUUCGGUGCCAACUUGGUUGGAUCACUAGCGCCGAUUGCAACUGGAUUGAUACUUACCGAUAUUAGAAGCGAACAGUCGUGGGGACAUGUGUUUUUGGUGACUAGCGCAAUUUACUUCUUCACUAACCUGAUCUACGUUCUAGUCGGCACAGCUGAACUGGCCGACUGGAAUACUCCUGGAAGCGACGAGGAGAAAAAAGUGGACGAUCAAGAGGCUUCGCCGAUGAUUUCAAAAGUAAAAAAUAAUAUUAAUAAUACAUGACAAAAUGUAGACAAUAAAAUUUGUAAACUACGAGAAUGAGUUAAAUAUAAAUUUAGUUAAUUUUUUACAGAAUUAUAUAAAAAUAAUCUAUUACAUUAACGUAAUCUAAUUAAUACUAUUAAUGUAAAUGUUUCUUGGAUUGAUAGAUGAAUGUUUGUUACUCUUUUACGCAAAAACUAUUGCAUAGGUUUGAAUGAAAUUUUGGUACACGAAUAGGUUAUAUUCUAGUUUAGCACAUGAUGUUAUGUACUGAUUCACGUGGGUAAUACCGCGGGGUAUAGCUAGUAAUUUGUAGAUUAAUAAUUCAAUAAGGCAUUAAACUUAGUUUAUUAAAACUAUUAAAUUAUCUAAUAUUAAUAAAUUAAUAAGUAUAUUAUAUUAAAGUAAUAAAAUAAUAAAAUGGUUUAUAUUAGUUUCUUUUUAGUUUUUUAUUAUUUUAUUAUAUGAGUUUUUUUUUUAAUACAAUGAAUCAUUUUUCAAUACUUCAUAUAACUGUAAUAUGUUUGUAUGCUUUUUCAAGUACAUAUUAAGGUAUCACGUAAAUAUACGUAGACAUUUGUAUACAGAUUCAUUACAAACGAAUAAAUAGGUAACAAAAUAAUAAAAUAGUUUUCAAAUCCGGAGCAGUAGUACUGGAGAUUAAUCCUAACAUUCAAACUCAUAAACUUUACCUCUUUAUAACAUUAGUAUAGUAUUAUUAAGAUAAGAAGUAUAAACUCGUAAGGUUUUUCAUCUUUCCACAUUCAAGAGUCGUCAGUAUUAUUGUCGUGUACGAAUCAAAAGUAGUAUUUAAAUUUAUGUCUCAGUUAGUAUAAACACAUAACUAAUACAUAACUUUGGUAUGUAACCAUAAGAAGUUCUGUAAUGACAGAUCUUACUUUUUUAUAUUAUCCAAUGAAUGUUUAAAAGUUUUCAAAAAUAAAAAGGAUACAAAGAAAAAAACAUAUUCCUUUUUAAAAGGCCGGCAGCACACCUGCACUGCCAUUGGUGUUGUGGGUGAUCAAGGGCGGCGGUAGUCACUUACCAUCAGGUGAGCCGCAUGUUCGUUUGCCCCCUGUGUUAUAAAAAAAAAGGAAUAAUACAUAUUUACUUAUCCCAGGCACAGAUAUUAAUACUGCACUAGCUUCAGGUAUACGAAAUAUAUUUUUGUAAUUUAUCUUUAUAAGACUUUUCCAGAAUCGUAAUAGUGCAAGGUUAGCUGUAAAAUAAAUAAAUAAAUAAAUACCGAAAUUGUUAAAUUUCAA